AUCCGAUCGCCCCGAAGGGCUUUCCCGUGGUUUUGAUGGGAAGAGUUGUUGUCGGGUCGGUUGGGCGGAUCUUUUCUUGACCACUCACAGGUCAAUCCCCCUAAUCACAUCUUGUCCAGGUAUCCUCCUCGGGGGCCUCCGCCCUCUUUUGGCAUGCGGCGGAGGCUCAGCCUGAAUCGCUCUCCAUGUGACCGGCAGAGUAAACCAUCUCCCAGCCAAGUGACUCAGUCAAUAUUUGCCAGACCUGGGAGGAAAACGUCUCAGCAGCUCGGCUUUGACGCAAUGAACUGUCUGCCUUCGGGACGGUGACUCCGGCGACGUUCCCCUUCCAUGCUGUAGAUGUUCAGGACCCGCCGGCUGGAAGGAUGAAGGACCGCCUGGAAGAGCUGAGGCACAGAACCGGCCAGGAUGACCCUCUGGACUUUGACGAGGCGAUGGCCUUCAAUAACCCAGCCUUUCAGGACGGCGAGGCCAAUCAGAUGGACGUGUUCUUCCAGGAGGUGGCGGCGCUGUCCCUGGCCCUGAAAUGUUUGAGGAGCAAAGCGGAGGACAUCGAGAAGAAGCAGGCGGAGGUUCUCUGCAGCACCACGGAGGUCAAGAUCUCCGAAGGCAAAACCCAACUGGGCAAAAUGAAGGGCCAGCUGGCCUCCGACGCCAAAACUGUCCAACUAAAGCUGAACCGGAUGAAGACCUGGCUGACCGCGGACCACCAAAGCUGGACCGCAGAGCACCGGAUCCGCCAGAGUCAGUACAACGUAUUGACCAACAAGUUCCAGGACGUCAUGACCCAACAUUACGUCAACGAGACCAGGUACGUGGGGAAGCUGAAGGAGCAGAUCAUGAGGCAAGCCGAACUGGCCGGCCUCGACCUCCAGGAGGACGAAAUCAACCAGCUUAUUGGAAGCGCCAUGGCGCCGCAGAUCGUUGGACACGACCUGGAGAUCCUGAAGGCCAAACAACACUUGGCCAUGGCCCAAGAGAGACACAAACAGCUCCUGGACCUGGAGGCCCAGAUCACGGAACUGCACUCCCUCUUCAUCCAACUGGACCUCCUGGUGUACGAGCAACAAGACGUCCUCAACAGCAUCGAAUACAACGUCAUCAACACCAUGGACUACAUCUCCCAGUCCAAGGAGCAGGUCAAGAAGGCGCUUAAGUACCAGAGACAGUCCCGAAUCGCAACCGCCAUCUCCGCCGCCCUCGGACUUUGUGCCUGUUGUACCUGCCUGUCCUGUAUAACCGGAGCUGUCCGGUAAGGACUCCGAGCCGGAAACGCUCGUGGAAUGUUUACUGGACGCAAAACACUCGAUGGGAAGUGGAGUCCCCUCUACUUUUAUCUUCUUGUGUAAGACUUUCACUCCAAGGGAACCCCCGGAGAUGACCCCUAGGCCCCAGGAAACCCUCCGCUAACAUUAAUUGGUGGUCAGUGAGAAGAAUGUCCCUUACAUUGGUGAUCAGUGAGAAGAAUGUUCCUUACA